AUGUCUGGUGGUCUGGAGAAGGCUUGUCACCAGUGCAUUUCUAAGAUCGCAAGUAAUGCCUGCUUCAUUUUUGCUCUCCUGGCUUUUCUGGCACUGCCCUUGUCCAUGGCUUUCGUAGGAAUGAAGUUUUUGGAAGACUGCCCUAUUGAGCCACUCAUUCCCUUAUACUUACUAGUGGGAGGGAUCAUUGGCAGCCUGAAGGUUUCCCUUCUGCUCUACGAUUCCACCAAGAUGAGGCAGCUGCUCUCCAAAUCUGUUGUGAUUGAUGAUGAUGACGAUGAUGAAUAUCCCUGGAGACAGAACGCUCAUAAAUACUACAUCCACCUCAUCCUCAGUCUCUUCCUCUUCAUCUGGUUCAUCCUGGGCAACUAUUGGGUCUUUUCCAUCUACCUGCCCAAUUUUAUUCCUCCUUUUCACCAGCCUCAGGAUUACUGUGAUAAAACCUUGUACCUCUUUGCUGUGAGUGUCCUGGUUAUAAGUCAUUCGGUGCUCUUUUUACUUGUCUUUUGUAGCUGUUGUAUAUAUGUCUUUUCCAGACAAAGAUAUACAGCAGAGGAAGACUAG